AUCAGCAUGGAUGGACCAUGGGUGGGCACCUGGAGGCCUCAUCCCCGACGUGGCCCCAUUCUGGCAGAGUUCAACACUCCAGGGCCUAAGUACUGGAUCCCUGGAACAACAGGUCACGCAUCUCAUGAUCCCACCAGAGACAAAGCCCCUGCAUACACAUUUAGAGGGGCCAAAGGUCCAGCCGCAGAAAACUGUUCUCCAGGUCCUCGGUACUUCAUCCAUCCGUCCAUCACCAAGGUUGGGAAAUAUGUACCUCCAUCAGCACACCUGAUCGGACGGCCCAAAACCAAAUCUGAGGUCACCCCCGGACCUAGUGACUAUUCCACAGAAAAGGCUGACAAACAUGUCUACUCUAAUGCACCAGUGCAGUCCAUGGUCUUCCGGCACAAGCUUGCUGGCGCUCUCCAAACACCAGGUCCUGGUGCCUACACCCUUCCCAGGCUCCUGGGACCCAACACAGUCUACACCCAUGCCAACCCAUGCUACUCCAUGAGAUGGAAGAGUAUGUACAACAGCUGUUUCCAAGACCUGGCCAAGACACCAGGUCCUGCGGCAUUCUCCAAGGUGGAACUGGAUGUCUACAAAAAGAGGGCUCCCAAGUACACAAUGGGACUGAAAACUAAACUUACUGACAAGUUCCUGCGUCCGGGACCAGCAGACUACUGCGUGGGAAAGGUGACGCUGAUCAAGCCCCGGGAACCUGCUUACACUUUUGGACUUCGUCAUUCCCUCUACAAAGCUGCUUUAUUACCUCGGGUGCCUCCUGAAUAA